CGAGAACAUCGCACUUUAUAACAGUGCGGAGCGCGCGCUAACGCAGACUUUUUCCAAAUACGGCCAUGUAUGAAUAAAUAACACACUUUUCUAAAUAUAUUUUAAUUGUGUUUUGUGGAAAAAAUGUGUAUUUUACACAUGUGAUAAGUGAUGAUUAUUUUAUAUUAUUCUUAGAUAUCAUGCAACGUGUGUGCUAGUAAAGUUUGGAGUCAAGACAAGGCACAUAUCUUAAAAUGGGGGAACAAGGAGUAGAUGGCUUCAAUUUGGACGGAAUUCUUAGUGAGCUCGGAAGCUUUGGGAAAUAUCAGCUGCUGCUUCUACUGCUCUUGGGUUUCCGUGACUCCUUCCUUAACAUGUGUAACUUUAACUAUGUCUUCACAGCUGCUGAUGAAUCAUUCAGAUGCCUGAAGCCAUCUUGCGACACCAAUUCAACUGAUUCCUGGAUUUUAUUUCCUUCCAAUGACACAACCUGCUAUAGAUCCGACAACACAUCCUUGAGCUGCUCUUCUGACACAUUUGGUCCUAAGGUCGUACCCUGUGAAGAAAUCAUAUACGACAAAUACGACAGUAUAGUUGCUGAGUUUGACUUGGGAUGUCAGCCAUGGAAGGCUACUCUUAUCGGGACUGUGCACAACUUGGGGCUUGUCUUCUCAUUUGUACUCUCCGGAUUUAUUUCAGACAGGUAUGGACGGAAAGUGAUUAUCGUCAGUACCCCCCUAAUGGUGGGCAUCGCCGGUCUACUCAAGUCUUUCGCCAUGGACUACUGGACUCUUCUCGGUUUAGAAUUUCUAGAAACUGCCCUUGGGUAUGGCAAUGCAUCUAUGGUUUUGUCUCUAGAAGCGGUCAGCCACAAGAGCCGGGUGGUGUAUUCCUGCAUAUCAGACAUCUUAGCGUGCCUUGGGGGCGCGUUCUUUGGGCUGAUUGCAUGGAAAGUGCCAUAUUGGAGACACCUUAUGAGAGCCAUCUACGCACCACUACUUGUAGUAGUGUUUUACAUAUUUCUGAUGGAUGAGGGAGUACGAUGGCUGCUGGCCCAUAACAAGAGGGAUGAGGCUGUUCAAGUAUUGAAUAAAGUAGCGAAAAUUAAUAACAUUACCCUAUCAAAAAAUGCGCAGGAUAUGCUAUCCAGCAUUAGUGAACCAAAAACUGACCUUAAUAAGGUGGAGAAUACUGCCGAAGAAACUCCUCAUAUUUUCACUGUUCUCCGGUCAAAAACAAUUCUCUUGCGAAUGGCACUAAUCGCCGCGUGUUUCAUCUGCUGUUCGUUCGUAUUCAGUGGUGCUAUUAUCAAUUCCGUCAGCAUUUCUGGUAGCAAAUACUUGAACUUUUCGAUCAUGAUGUUAGUUCAGGUUCCGACUAGAAUAAUCACAGCUCUGACGUUAACAAGGUUCGGAAGAAAGGCGCCGAUUUGCGUCGCUUAUUGUUUCUGCGCCUUAUUUUUUAUGGCGUCGGCAUUUGUACCUAAAUCCAUAUGGUGGGCGUCGGUAUUGUUCUAUAUUGCUGGCAAGAUGUGUAGCAGCUACGGAAUCUUCUCCGUACAAGUGGUUGCCAUGGAGAUCUUCCCCACCACCUCCCGUAACUGCCUCACCAACGUUGCUAACACUGUGGGCAGGUUGGGUUCUGUCUUAGCACCGCAGACACCGUUACUAGAAAAAGUUAUGCCCGGUCUACCGAGCAUUGUCUUCGCAUUGGCAGCACUAGGCCCAGCAUUUCUGGCUCUUCUGCUGCCAGAUACAAGUCACACAGUUUUACCAGACCAAGUGGCCGAUGCUGAGAAACUAGACGCUACUAAGGCCGAGAAAGUAGCAACAGAAAGCUUUAAACAGCGGUUAUGAUCUUUGUAGAUCUUGUAUCCCAUAACCAGUUUAAUGACUUUUACCUUGCCGUAUAGCUCCUCUGUCUAUCUCUCUCUUUGUACAAGAAGCAGCUUGGAAUAGUACGUAAGUAAUGUUUUGACUUAGUAAAUAAGAUUUGUGAACCUGAUGUAAAGAUUUCACCAUGUGUACGAACUUUCAACCUAUCUACAAUUAGGAUUAUUGUAAGUUGUGAUACUAUAUUUUAUAUUUGUAAAAAUGUAUUAUUAAAAUUAUUUAAUUAAUGUUAUAUAAUAGGCAUUUUUACAAUGGUCGCGGUGUUUAUUACGAAUAUAAUACCUUUUAAAAUAUAGGUUUUUGAUAAGUAUGAACAUUCUUUGUAAACAUAUGAUCCACUUUAAUAAAAGCAAUAUUUUAAAGUGUGUUUAUAUUUGUGUUGCAACGCAUAAUAAAAAGAUUGGUAUAUUGGGCAUUGCAUUAAUUAAAUCAUAGUAAUCGUACUUAUGAUUCGUUUUUGUAAGAUUCAUUGUAGAAUGUAAAGUAAGGACACGCGUUAUAAAUAUAAAUUAAUUGACUAAAUAAAGCGAUCUCAUUCUGUGUU